UUGUCCUGUCCUGAUUUUAUGGAAUAGGGCGGAACUUUAAUGCUGACGGCUACAAAACAGACAGUCCGGACUUUACCUUUCAAACUCCAGUGCAAGACAAACGAUCAUGCCCAGUCAGACCUAAACAAGGCUUGAAGUAUGCCCACUGUGGACGUACGACAGUUUUAGCAUAAGUGAACCAUGGAAAACUCGGGCAGGCCUUACCGGGCUAGGCAAGGCGGUUGGGAGAGGGGAGCUGGAGCAGACAAGGCAGAAAGCUGGAGGAUCCAGGACCAGUGUCGAGGACAGAACUUCAGACCAGAGGGAGGUCAGCAGGGCAAGAAGAAUCAGAGUGGGCCCUACCGGGCCAGCCCCAAGAAGGGAGCACUGGGACCUCUUAGCUACUCCCCUGGUGGAUUCAGAGGUGGUCACAGCCCCUUGCAGAAGGACGAUGUCCGUUGGUUCUCAGGUCCCGAGAGUACUGGUGAGAGUCGAGAAGAUAAGUGGAGAGAGCGCUCGCAGCAGCAGCAGCAGCACUGGAGGAGAAGUAACCAGGGAGAGGGUCCAAAGGAGGACAGGGAGCAGGGGAACAGAGAGACCACAGAUGGCAGUGCACAUAAAUCAGGCAGAAGAAGGAGAAAUAGAAACAAGAACAAAACUUUUGCUGAAGAAAACAGGGGCCUUGUGAACGAAGACUCCACACUAUCAGCAAAAGAGCUGCACAGCCUACGGCAAGCAGAGAGGCGACUUAACAAAGAUGAGAUCUACUGCCUAAAGAAGAGGUCCCACAGUAACCCCGGUGCACUGUACACUUGCGCUUUAUGUGAUGUUCUCUUGGAAUCUGUGUCAGAUGCUUACAGGCACAUCAGAGACAAACGGCACAAGAAAAGGACAAGGGAGAGGCAAGAACAGGUGACACUGACUGAGAUUCUGCCUCCAGGCCCAGAGCAGAUCAGUGCAGUGAGUACUGCACUAGAGACGGUUGUCCGGGAACAUGGGAUGAAUGACCAGGAUGUUGAGAGGAGACAGUGUGUAGUCUCCAUAAUGCAAGAACUACUUGUAUCCGUCCUGCCUGAGAUCAAACUCAGGCUAUAUGGAUCAUCUUGCACUAAGUUUGGAUUUAAGGAUUCUGAUGUCAACAUUGACAUUCAGUAUCCACCUCACAUGCAUCAGCCAGACGUCUUGUUGUUGGUCAAGGAGAGCCUCUCUGAGAGCCCUCUCUUUGUUGACCUGGAAGCUGAUUUUCAUGCCAGGGUGCCUGUUGUCAUCUGCAAAGAGAAAAAGAGUGGCCUGAUCUGCAGAGUGAGUGCAGGGAAUGAAAACGCAUUCCAGACCACCUCCUAUCUCUCUGCUCUAGCAAGUCAGGAGCAUCUCCUCCUCCCACUGGUUUUGGGACUCAGACAAUGGGCCCGGAUCUGUGAGAUUGACCGUGCAGAGGAAGGUGGGCUGCCACCAUAUGUCUUCGCCCUCAUGGUCAUCUACUUUUUACAAAAGCGCAAAGAGCCUCUCUUGCCUACUUACCUGAACCAAGAGAUUAAGGUGUUUUCACUCAGCAGGUUGUCAGACUUCAACCUCAUGCAUACAGAGGAUGGAUAUUUACAUUGGGCUUACACCCCUUCCUCCAGAGAAUCAUCACAGCCAGCAGAGGGCUCCUCUAUAAAGGGCAAGGUUCCGCUGGUGUUUCAGAGCCCUCACCCACCAGUGGAAGUUGGGCUUCUCUGGGUUGAAAUGCUUCGCUUCUACUCACUGGAGUUCAACAUGGCUGACAAUGUAAUAAGUGUGCGGACCAGUGCUGUCCUCUCCCGAGAGAUCAAAGACUGGCCAAAGAAACGCAUCGCUGUGGAAGAUCCAUUUGCUGUGAAGAGAAAUGUUGCCCGCACAGUGAACAGCCAGCAAAUGUACGAGUACAUCCUCCACUGCCUCAAAACCACAUACAAGUACUUUGCACUGCCACUCAACACAUCAGCUGCUAAUCAUAAGACAGAAGCACGACGUGGACCUGUGGCCCAGGGGGCCAAUGCUAAGGCUUUAAAUGAAGAGAUUUUGUCAGAUUUCAGUCAGCUCACCGUUCAGUCACAGCAUGCAAGCCAACUUAAAGCUGUAGAAAAUGGUCCUGAAGACUCUGACUGCAUUAUUGAGGAAGAAGAGGAGGUUGAAGAAUACAGUGACUCAGAGGAAGAAAGAGAGAAAGAAAAGGUGGAUGUGGGCAAAAGUAGUCUCUCGGAGGAUGAGGAGGAGCAGGAUGAGGAUGUAGAUACUGAUGGGGAUGCACAUGCCAGGCAACACUUGGACAGCUUCACCACAGAGGAUGAGGAGAUUUUCGCAGUGGAUGAGAUUUCAGGGGAGGAGCUUUUGUCUGAUGAGGAGGGUCCAGAUCUGGACACACCUGGUUCAGUGGAUGAGGAGGAGGAGGAGGAAGAGGUCGAGCUGGCACCUUUCAGUCUGUCACCUCCACCUUUAGAGGAUGCAGUUAAAGAUGAGGUCCCAGAAAAUAAAAACCAAAAACAGAGCAGACUUUAUGAGUUCACCAGGCAAGCUUUCACUCGAGGAAAAUCACACAUGGUCGUGUGCAGCUUGUGCAAGCGUGAUGGACAUCUGAAAAAAGACUGCCCAGAAGAUUUCAAGAAAGUGCAGCUGGACCCUUUGCCCCCAAUAACACCAGAGUUUCUCAGUGUCCUUGACAAAGUCUGCGAGCAGUGCUACAUUGACUUUGCCCCAGAUGAACUGGAAGUGGGUGUGAGAGAGCACAUCCUCCAAGACCUGGAGACAUUUGUCAGACGACAGUUUACUGGAGCUCGGCUACAACUAUUUGGAUCAUCUAAAAAUGGCUUUGGCUUCAGGCAGAGUGACCUAGACAUUUGUAUGGUGUUGGAGGGACAGGAGACCAUAGAUGAUAUUGACUGCAUCAAUAUCAUAGAAAGCCUGGCAAGAUUGCUAAAGAAACACCCAGGUCUGAAGAACAUCCUACCCAUCACUACGGCUAAAGUACCCAUUGUGAAGUUCUACCAUGUUCGCACUGGCCUGGAGGGAGACAUCAGCCUCUACAACACACUGGCCCUGCACAACACACGCCUGCUAGCUUCAUAUGCUGCCAUUGACAGGAGAGUGAAGAUCCUCUGUUAUGUCAUGAAGGUUUUCGCCAAGAUGUGUGACAUUGGCGAUGCCUCUCGUGGCAGCCUUUCAUCCUACGCUUACACGCUCAUGGUGCUGUUCUUCCUUCAGCAGAGAAACCCACCAGUUAUCCCUGUGCUGCAAGAGAUCUAUGAUGGAAAGAAAAAACCAGAAGUGCUAGUUGAUGGCUGGAAUGUGUACUUCUUUGACGACUUAAAAACACUACCUAGCAGUUGGCCACAGUAUGGGAAGAACGCUGAGACGGUGGGGGAGCUGUGGCUCGGCCUGCUCCGCUUUUAUACAGAAGACUUUGACUUCAGAGAGCACGUAGUCUGUAUCCGUCAGCAAUGCCGCCUCACCACCUUCAACAAACAGUGGACAUCCAAAUACAUUGUCAUUGAAGAUCCAUUUGACCUGAAUCAUAACUUGGGUGCCGGUCUGUCCAGGAAAAUGACUAACUUCAUCAUGAAGGCGUUCAUCAACGGCAGAACAGUGUUUGGCACACCCAUCAAAACCUUACCUGCCAUCUGCCCGAGUCCAAUGGAGUAUUUCUUUGAUCCUGAAGUUCUCACUGAGGGAGAAGUGGCUCCCAAUGACCGCUGCUGCCGAAUCUGUGGCAAAAUCGGCCACUUCAUGAAAGACUGCCCCAUGCGUAAGAAGUCCAAACAUAGAAGGGACUCAGAGAAAAGGCCAGAGUACAUGAGAGACAAAAUGGAUACAUCAGAGGACACCAGGGAUCAGGUCAGACACAAGAGCGAGAACUGGAGGAAGAGAGAUGCACUGGAAAUGCGCUGCUGCUACCUGUGUGGAUCUACUGCCCACAUCAAGAAGGACUGCCAGCUAUACAGAAGCCCUGCAGGUAAUGUGAAGAUGGAGAGCUUUACCUACUCCUCUUCAGCCCACCUGAGGAAUUUGAGAGAAAAGGAGAAACAGGGUUCACCUGUACAAGAAGAAAAGAAGAAGAGAAAGCAACAAAAUGUGAUAUUAGGUCCACAAGCAGGUAGUUUAGCCUGCCGAAAUUUGGGUCGCUCUGGUCAGAGGAAGAGUCCAGUGGAAUGAGCAGCAGCUGUGGCUACCCAAACCACAAGGGUCUACUCUUGUCCAGGCAGAAAGAAAGUCCAGAAACCCAUAAAUCUGUAUGGGACUGUUGGGCAAAUGGGAGCCCAUUAAAAGCCAAAGCCAGGACGCCUUGACUUGAAGCCAAAUAGGGCCUUUUUAUGUGUUGUUUUCUCUCCCCUAAAGUGCUCCUCCUCAGAGGAGCUUUUUUUAAAGCUUUCAUUUUAACAAGACAAGCCAUUAUGCAUGCACCUCGUGUUUGUUUACCUACACUGCCAGCCAAGUUUUUUUUUUUUUAAAUACACAUUACAUUUCAAGCAGUGUCAUUGCAGAUUCAGUGUGAAAUUGCUCAAAUUAGAAAAUGUAAGUAAUUGAGAAGUGUCUAUUAUAUGACUGAUUCUGAUUUCCUAGAUCUUGAUCACCACAACAAGGUAUCUUUUGCAGACAACACACCAUAUAUUUGUCUUGUAAUUGAUGCUAACACUUCUUGACUCUGUAUAGGCUCAACAGUCCUCACAAGUAAGAUCUAGUGCUUGUAAACACUGCUUCAGCUGUACGACAAAUGGACACGACGGUGGUAUGGUAUUUGUCUGCUACUUAAAGUGACUUGAGGUCAGUUAAGAGUCAUCGAGAUUAAGGCCAUUUCAAAUUAAACUAGAAACUCACUCAUCAGUUCACUUAUUCCUUAUUUUCUUAUAGUAAGGUUUAAGGUUUUUAAUUAUCCAAUCAUCUUUGAGAGUUAACCAACCAAUUUUUUUUUUUUUAAUGGAAUUUAUUUUUAAAUCUUGUUUAAUUUGUUAUCUGCACUGAUGCCCAGCAGUCUGUCUCUCCCUCAGCUUUGAAAGCAGCCCUCUGUGCAGUAUGUCUCUGUGUGUUUUUGUGUCUCUGUGUUAGAGAAAACACCCUGUAGUUAUUUUUUUCAGGGUCAUGGUUUUAUUUUUUUAAGACUGCUGAUCCACUCCUGUUUCAUGGAUACAUACUGCCCCUCAAUUGCCUGUAAGUGUGAAUGGAAGGGAAAAUUGUGUUAAAACUGUACUUCCUCUGCUAACCCUGGCCUGCAUGUGUCGCCACACAUGCUAGGAAGUGUUGUAACUCUAAGAACACAAAGUUGAGAAGGUCUUCUGCUUACACAGUGGUUAAGGUUUUAAAAAAAAAAACAAUAAAGUGGACUAGCUGAUGGCAUACACUGCUGCAAAUGCUGUGUUCACUCGUAAACUAGAGGUAAUCUCAGUUCAGUGAAGAGAUAAGUAUAUUUAUUUUCCACAGAGGCUUCAUUUUGUAGUAAUGGUGCCACAGAUUGGUAGCUGCACUGUGAGGGUCCACGCCCUUGUAUUAUGUUGCUGCUAAGUUAAUGUCUCAAAGACCUGCUUAUCAUUCAACUUUGAAUAUGGACUGUCUGGCUUUGUUGUUGUCCUAAUAUGGCUAAAUUUUAUUAAAAAAAAUUAUGGUAUUGUAAUGGAAUUUCUCAUUUUAAAGUAGCUUUGUUUUAAUGCCAGCCUUAUUGCGUUUCUUUUGUUGUUCUCAAAUGGGAGGUUUAGUUUGUUAUUCAGGAACCCCAGUCCUGCCAGGAAAGGUUGGCUUGCAAUCCAAGUUGUGUCUCAGUAUUCAUUAAACUGAUAUCAAAUCCUGGUGUGGAAUA